GUCAGUAUUAACUGAACGCCAUGGCGACUAUGUUCUUGUUUUACGUUGUGGCGGGAGGACUGUAUGGGUGUGGUCUGGCCUCCGUGACAGCUGACUACCGACACACUGUCACACGUGUUGGCUACGAUGUUAACAUAACUAUGAGCCCAGCUAAUGUCAGCUACACAUAUUUCGUAUGGAGGAAUGGUUCGGUAAAACUGUUAGUGGUCCUGCCUCUGUCACACCGGGUAUUGGUACUCAACAGCAGUCACACCGGCUACACGACCAGGAUCAGAUACACAGGGGAGGACUCACUAUCACAGACCGGACAGCUGAGGUUUACCAUCUACAAUGUUACUGUACAGGAUGCUGGUUCUUACUCAUGUCAAACAUCCAGUAAUAUGAUGGUACCUGGAUGUAGACAGGUCCUCGUUGUAUCACAGAAGCCGACCACACCUAACGUCACAGGACCUGCCUCAACUGUAUCAGGUGAUAAUGUCACCCUGACAUGCUCCUCCUCCUCUCGGAGUCUGCCCCUGGAACACCCCCCACUGAACAUGACCUACACCUGGAGGAGGAACAGGACCAUGCUAGAAUCUGGUGACGGGUCUCAUACAGGUGGAGAUGACCUGACAAUAACCCACAUCAGCAGAGAGAACCAGGGAGACAUCUACACCUGCCAGGCUGUGGAGGAGGGGCUGGAGUCUGACUGGAGUCACGGACAUGUACUGGAGGUUCACUAUGGACCUGAACAUAUACAGUUUAACGGCGCUAGUGACAGGCUAAAGGCAGAAGAAGGGAAACCUACCACAGUGAGAUGUUCUGCUGACUGUAAGCCCGCUUGUACGGUGACCUGGUCCAGACAGAGGGUGAUCACGGGACAGAGGGAGGCUGUGUUGUAUAUACCAGCUGUAGACAGAUCUGUGUCUGGACAGUACACGUGUCACGCCAACAACACGCAUGGGAAUACAUCACGGAACCUGACGCUGGAAGUUUUCUCCUCGCUGGGAGUUGUCAUUGACUCCCUUGAUGCAGUGUAA